UAUAAGCACUGUAAUGGGAAUUGUGAGGCAUAGUUUACAUUGGAUUUUUAAACAGUGUUCACAUUUGUUUUUCUAAAUCAUCGUCAUAGGCCGAUUCUAUGAUUGAAUUAUCAUUCGAUUACAUGAUAAUUUAGUUUUCGUACUUGUGGGGUAAAGUGUCGGAAUUACAAUCAGAUAAAUUAUGUUGAUUAACAUAUAUGUACAUGAAGUAACCUAUUGAAUUUAACAGUACGGUUAUAGUUUAUAUUCGAAGCUUUUACACAAGAAAAACAAACACUGUAAGAUUAAGAGAUUACCCCGGAAAUUCGUAAUUUAUCUCAUUAAGGAUAAACAAAUAUUUGUAUAAAACAUAUGUCAAUUUUUAAUGAAGUAAACAAUGAUUUAAUAAGUCAAUCGGAAAACAGAAAUCAUAUAAUGUGAAAUAUUGCAUAAAACUAUAAAAAAAACUUUUGAGAAAUCGCAUACAUAGUUUAAUAGAAAACAAUGGACUACUCAUAUGCAGACCUACGCCGGAAUGGCGGACUGGGGAUAUCACGAACCGAGGACGGGUACAUCGAUUUCAACCGCACGCGACCCACGGGGCUUUCGCAGACCCACGUUGGAGCAUCUCAGAAGGGGAACCCGUUUGGCUGGGGCGCUUUGGGUCCAACCGUCUACCAGCCCAGGGGUGGUUUAAACCCUGGCCAGAGGUCAACUCAACUAGGUCAAACUAAUAUAGAGGACGACUUGUUUGUCACACGCAUGACUGACUUCCGGUCCACAAUGCCUCCACCUGACUAUGGUGCAAGCCAAUCGGAUGAUAUUAAAGUCACUCUAGGGGCCGGGAGAUCCGAAAUGUACCCAUUGGAACAGGUUACCGAACAAACGUUAAAUUCAUCGUCAGCGGAUAAACGUAAGAGCGCGAAAAGGAAAGAAGGACGAUCUAACAAAGCUGACGUCAGAGCGACACGAGCGUCCGGUAAAUAUGCUGAUGGCGGAUAUGGUGUAAGUAACAAUUAUUACCAACAUGGAGGCCUUGGUGCGACGGGCACUCCGGAAGGAGCGGACCGGAAGUCACGCGGCCAUAAUUACACGUUUGACUCGGAGGACGUCGCUAGUUGGCAAACCGACAACUUUCACGUGCCGGGCUGGAGAACUUUGGCGACUACACCGACAUUCAUGGAUCAAUUCUAUGAGCAAUUUAGACAGCUGAAAACCAAGUGGAGCCCGUACGACCCAUCAACACAACGUCAGAACUGGUCCGAGCAGAGCAGCACCACCGGAAAAGGUUCCACGACCUCCACCGACAUAGAGCAGAGAGUCUGUCGGCGUCGGCUGUGUAUUGCUACCCUGAUCGCCUUCUCUCUGCUUGCCAUUGUCGCCGUCAUCGUCCCCGUCAUUGUUUUAGUGACCGCCGACAAUAAUACAAUGGAAGUUAGACUAGAGCAGGUCAAUAUGCGUGUGAGAAGCACGAGCGAAAAUUUCGACCCGAAGCUUGCUGACAAUACAUCGGAGGAAUUUCGUAACGUGUCGCAACGCUUCUGCCAAGAGGUUGAGACGAAUUGCAAGAACUCAACAGCUGCUGUGUUCGAAAGAUGUAAUGUUACCAGCAUAGAGAAUGGCAGCAUAAUAAUCAACUUCAUUAUAGUGAUAAUACGCUCAAGUAACCUCAGCAACGAGCAGCUGGCAGAAUAUAUCGGAAUACAGAACGGAACAGCCGGGACAAUAGGACAGUUCGAGAUCGCCGAAGUCAAAGUGACGUCACGGACACAACUAAAGGAAAAUGAAACUCCAAACAUUACUGCUACAACCACCGCUGCUGCUAUAACCUCUGCUGCAAACACCACUUCUGAUGCUACAACCACUGCUGCUGCUACAGCCACUUCUGCCACAACCACCGCUGCUUCUACAACCAUUCAUGCGGAAACAACAACCGCUGCUGCUACCACCACCACUGCUCCUACAACCACCACUGCGGCUACAACCACCACUGCUCCUACAACCACCACUGCGCCUACAACCACCACUGCGCCUACAACCACCACUGCGGCUACAACCACCACUGCUCCUACAACCACCACUGCUCCUACAACCACCACUGCGGCUACAACCACCACUGCGCCUACAACCACCACUGCGGCUACAACCACCACUGCGCCUACAACCACCACUGCGGCUACAACCACCACUGCUCCUACAACCACCACUGAGGCUACAACCACCACUGCAGCAACAACCGCCGCUACUGAUACAAAUACCGCUGCUACUACAACCAAUGCUGCUGCUUCAACUACCACUGCUCCUACAACCAGUACUGCAGCUACAACCACUGCUUCUACAACAAACGCUGCUCUUACAACUACCGCUGAUACUACAAUCAACGCUGAUACUACAACCAACGCUGAUCCUACAACCACCGCCACUGCUACAGCCACCUCUACUGCUACAACUACAGUCUCUGCUUCCCCUACAUCUACCGAUGCUCCUACAACAACUGCUGCGGAUACAACCACCGCUGCUACUCAAACUACUGUUGUUGCAACCACUGCCUCUCCUACAACUACGGCUGAUCCAACAACAACCGAUGCUACUACAACCACCGCUGCUCCUACAACAACCGCUGCUCCAACAACCACCGCUGCUCCUACAACCACCGCUGCUCCUACAACAACCGCUGCUCCUACAACUACCGGUUCUCCUACAACCACCGCUGCUCCUACAACAACCGAUGCUCCUACAACCACCGCUUCUCCUACAACUACGGCUGCUCCUUCAACUACCGAUGCUACUACAACCACCGCUUCUCCUACAACAACCGCUGCUCCUACAACUUCCGAUGCUCCUACCACCACCGAUGCUCCUACAACCACCGCUUCUCCUACAACUACGGACGCUCCUACAACAACCGCUGCUCCUACAACUACGGCUGCUCCUACAGCCACCGAUGCUCCUACAACCACCGCUUCUCCUACAACUACGGACGCUCCUACAACCACCGCUGCUCCUACAACCACCGCUUCUCCUACAACAACCGAUGCUCCUACAACCACCGCUGCUCCUACAACUUCCGACGCUCCUACAACAACCACUGCUCCUACAACUACGGCUGCUCCUACUACUACGGCUGCUUCUACAACUACGGCUGCUCCUACAACCACCGAUGCUCCUACAACCACCGCUGCUCCUACAAUCACCGCCUCUCUUACAACAACCGAUGCUCCUUCAACCACCGAUGCUCAUACAACAAUCGCUGCUCCUACAACUACCGAUGCUCCUACAACCACCGCUUCUCCUACGACCACCGCUGCUCCUACAACCACCGCUUCUCCUACAACUACGGACGCUCCUACAACAACCGCUGCUCCUACAACUACGGCUGCUCCUACAACCACCGAUGCUCCUACAACCACCGCUUCUCCUACAACUACGGACGCUCCUACAACCACCGCUGCUCCUACAACCACCGCUUCUCCUACAACAACCGAUGCUCCUACAACCACCGCUGCUCCUACAACUUCCGACGCUCCUUCAACAACCGCUACUCCUACAACUACGGCUGCUCCUAUAACAACCGAUGCUCCUAAAACUUCUGAUGCUCCUACAACAACAGAUUUUCCUACAACCACCACUGCUCAUACAACCACCGAGUCUCCUACAACCACCGCUGCUCCUACAACCACCGCUUCUCCUACAACCACCGCUGCUCCUACAACUACCGAUGUUCCUAUAACCACCGCUUCUCCUACAACCACCGCUGCUCCUACAACCGCCGCUGAUUUUACAACCACCGCUCCUCAUACAACCGUCGUUGAAUCAUCGACAUAGAUAACACACUAUCAUUUGGUGCUGUAAAAUACGCAUAUUUAAAUAAACGAAUGUUGUGUUAGCUAUAGGCAUCUAACUUAAUAUUAGCGUACAACAAAAUGGAUAAUAACAUGCAAAAAUAAAAAUAAAUUGACAAUGAU